AGUGUUGCGGGAAGGUGUGGAGGCGGUGGCGUCCUGCGCCGAAGGCUGGAUUUUUCUUCAAAUAUAUCUCAAUCUCGACAAUCGCGGCUGGAAUUUGAGGAGUGUUGCAGAGGGCCAGCAGCAGCAGCUGAGGGGAUGAGCCUGCACGGUUCUCAGACGACGUUAAAUCGUCGCUCGGUGUCCGACCGCCACCACGGUUUCCAUUCGUCCGGCGAUUAUUCCACCCGCAGCGACGGAGGGGGCGAUGUCUUUCUGCCUGCGAACCACCUGCAGGGCGGAGGUGACCUCCACCUGUCCAGGCAACAUCUGUACGGUCUAGGCUCGGGGGUCGGUGCUGGUGAUCUGCUGGGGACCACCAGCACCACCACCUACGGCCGAGUAAUAUCUUCCUCCCGGAACCCCCGCAUCUCAGAGGCCAGAAGCUACGACGUAUCCGAGACUACUCAGUACUCCAGUAAAAUGGACUCACUUAAAAGACAACAUAACUGGAUCCAAAUGAUGACAGAUAGCUGUGCGAACAAUCUUCAUCGGGCAGAGAUACUGCUGCAAGAGGAUUUAGAUGCUUUUGAUGCUGGGCUGCAUGGAAGACACAGAGGGGAAAUUGAUGAGUUGUUGAGAGUGGCUGGUGAGCAACUCAGUGUAAUUGAAAACUACGCUAAUGAUUUAAAACGCAAUGGGAAACCUUAUGAAUCAAUCCAAAAAAGUGUGAAUUACCAUCGUAGUCAAAUGCGUGCAAUUUCAAAAGCAAUCACUGAGCGAAUCAUUCACCGUACCAGGACAUUAACACCCCAGAGACCCAGAAAGUCCUGGGAUGAAGGGCUCUCAAGAUCAACUAAAGAGCUGUUCGGUUGGCUACAUCAACAGAAGAGUUUGAUGGAUGUGCAAGAAUGGGGAGUAGAUGCAGCUUCAGUAGAAUGUCAGAUAAAUGAGCAAAAGAAUUACCAUAGGAACCUAGAAGACUUUCGCUGGAAAAUCGAUAAAGCUAGAAUGGAACAGCAAGGCAACUUGUCUGAAAGCGGCAUGGAACACAUACAAGCUUUGCAGAGUGAAUAUGACAGUAUGUUGAAAGCUUCUGCGGAGAGACUUGAACAACUGAGAAAGCUCCAGAAUAUCAUUUCAGCAACUUCAAAUGAAAUAAUGUGGAUCAAUGACCGUGAAGAAGAAGAACUUGUUCAUGAUUGGAGUGAUAAGAACACAAAAAUUGCUGAAAAGCAAGAAGCUUUCUCUAUGAUGAUGAGCCAGUUGGAAGAAAAAGAAAAGCAGUUAAACAGACUCAAACAAGAUGGUGACCAGCUAAUAGCAAAUAAUCAUCCCGCAGCUGACAAGAUUGAGGCCUACAUUGAUACUCUGCAGACACAGUGGAGUUGGAUUCUCCAGCUUACAAAGUGCAUUGAAGUUCAUCUCAAAGAAAACUCCAAUUAUUUCCAGUUUUUUGAAGAUGCUCAAGCAACUGAAAAUUCAUUGAAGAAAAUGCAGGAUUCCCUAAGAAAGAAAUUUGUUUGUGAUAGGUCGGCGUCACUGCCACAAUUGGAAAAGUUGAUUGCAGAAUCCGAGAAAGAUAAAGAGAAAAUCCAUGAAUAUAAGAGACAGGUGUCAAACUUGGUAAAUAAGUCCAAGAAAAUAGUACAGUUGAAGCCACGCAAUCCCCCGAUUAGUGCUGACCAACGAACUUCAAACCAAAUCGUUCUCAAGGCUCUUUGUGACUACAAACAGGAUCAGAGGGUCGUUCAUCGGGGAGAUGAAUGCAUUUUAUUGGACAACAGCCAGCGCAGCAAGUGGAGGGUGAUAGGACCUGGGGGGAUGGAAAUGAUGGUUCCAUCGGUUUGUCUUCUCAUCCCACCUCCAAAUUCUGGUGCAAUUGACCUUGCAAACAAAAUUGAUCAGUACUAUGAGGCUAUCCUUGCUCUGUGGAAUCAAUUGUAUAUUAACAUGAAGAGCUUGGUGUCUUGGCAAUACUGCAUGAUGGACGUUGAAAAGAUACGCAGCUGGACCAUAUCAGUGUUACGGACAAUGUCUCGUGAGGAUUAUGAGCUUGUCAUUAAAAAUCUGGAAAAGAACUUUCAAACUUUCCAGAUGUACAGCAAGGAUUCAGAAUAUUUUACUGAUGCAGAUAAGAGAAAACUAGAAUCUGAUUUUGGCUCAAGCAAGACACACUAUGUAAACUUAGUGACCGUUUUGGAAGAAGAAAGAAAGCAUGAUCGUGGACCAAUAAUAAUACCAUCUGUUGCACCAACACAACAGUUCGCACCACCAAAGGUUGACAUGAAUUUCCAGCAGGAGCUCCAAAAGAUACGUCGCCGUCUGGAACAGAAUGAGUAUAAAAUGAUGCAAAAAGUACAUCUCCUCAUUGAUUCUGAUGCACACAUGGACUUUGCACAAAGGAUAUCUGAGUUGGAGCUUGCACAAGAUGAGUUGAAUACAAUUGAUGAUGACUUUGUCAGCCUACAGAAAAGGUGGUAUAAUUCACCCAAUGUGUCAAGUGAGUCAAGAGGAUACUUUGAAACAGAAUUCGGUCUGAUUGGCCAGAGACUGAAGAAUGGCAGUGAUUUUUCGUCUGCCUAUUUAGAGAGAAUGAAGGCCUUGAAGUUACUCUUCCAAAAUAUUCUUGAGGUAGAGGAUGUGAUAAAAGUUUAUGAAGCGAGAUUAACUGAAGAGGAAACAGUCCCGAUGAGUUUGGAUAAAAUAGAGUCGUACAGAAACACUCUGAGGAAAAUGAAGAGUGAACUGGAUCAGAAGAAGAACUUAAUUAUGAUAAUGCAGCAAAAUAUGCAGGAAUCCCUUCGGAUCAAUGGUGACAUCAUGCCAUCUUUCUACAAGUGUGAUAUAGACCUCACUAAAUACAAUGAAAAAGUCAUGCAACUAUCUGACCGAUGGCAGAGAGUUAACAAAGAAAUUGACAGCAGAUACUUGGACCUAGACAAGGAAUAUAGGCAGCUAAAAGACUAUGGAGAUUUGUUUCAGAAUCUGAGCAAGUGGAUUGAUGUAACAAAACAGAAACAGGAUGGGUUGCAGGCCAAUAGAUUUGGGGACACAAAUGCAAUUGUGGAUCAGCUAAAUGAGCAGAAGAAGUUGUACGCUGAAAUAAAGGGCAAAAGAGGCAAUGUUGAAGAAUACCAAAAACAUGCAGACCUAUGUGCAACAUCGGUAAAGGAUUACGAGCUGCAACUGGCAUCAUACAGUGCUGGUCUGGAAACACUGCUCAAUAUUCCAAUCAAGAGGCAGCUGGCACAAUCAAUUUCCAGUAAAAUUCUUCACGAGGCGACUAAUAUGAUUCAGCAGACACAUUCUGCUCAAAAAGAAAUUUUGCAAGAAAAGGAGUCUCUCCUACUGAAAAUCAAGCUGUUAGAGCAGGAUAAAUCAAGACUUCAACGGUAUGAAGAUGACUUAAGUCGAAUAAAGGCACAACUAGAAGCCGAAUCCCGCUUGAAGCAACGACUUCAGGAUGAAAUUGAUGCAGUUAAAUCUGAUCUAAGUUACUGGAAGAAUCAAGCAGAAAUACGACAGCUAGAAAAGGGCAAAACCAGUAGUGAAUUUGAGCAGUUGAAAGCUGAAAUUGACAGAUUGAAGACAGAGCUGAGAAUAACCGAAGAAAGGUAUAGACAGAAACUUGAGGACAGUGAAAGAGCAAAGAGAUCUGAACUGGAAGCAUUGCGUGCUAAAACUAAAUUAGAAAUUGAAAAACUCAGUCAAGAAGCACCAACGUUCAAUAAACACACUCAGACAGAUGAUAUAGUUACAGUUGAUUCUUCAAAACUUGUAUUUGAUGGAGUCCGUAAAAAGGUCACAGCAAAUCAGUUGUAUGAUUGUCAACUUAUUGAUAAAUCAACUAUAGAUCAGCUAUUAAGAGGACAGAAAACAACUGUUGAUGUUUCAGAUGAAAUUAAAUUGAAUCUUCGUGGUUUGGAGAACAUAGCUGGAGUUUACUCACAGAAAAAUGGAGAAAAACUUUCUAUGUCAGAAGCAACGAAAAGGAAUAUUCUUACUCCUGAUGUGGCCUUGACACUUUUAGAAGCACAGGCAGCUACUGGAUAUAUCAUUGAUCCAAACAAAAACAAGAAGAUGACAGUGGAUGAAGCUGUAGCUGUGGGUCUUGUCGACUAUAAAGACCGAGACAAACUUCUGGCAGCAGAGAAGGCUGCAACUGGGUUUAAAGACUCUUUUACAGGAAAAGUUAUCUCACUGUAUGAGGCAAUGAAGAAAGAUAUCAUUGACCGAGAGACGGGUCUUCGUUUGUUUGCGGCGCAGAUUGCAGCAGGCGGAGUAAUUGAUUCGGUGAACAGCGUAUAUCUGCCAAAAGAGCUUGCAUAUAAACGGGGAUUGAUUGAUGCAGAAAUGUAUCAAACACUUGCCUCUCCUUUUGACGACUCAAAAAUUUUUGUUGACCCAAAUACAAAGACAAAAGUUUCCUACCAACAAUUAAAGUUGGCCUGUAGAACAGAUCCUGGAACAGACUUGCUUCUUUUACCAGUGGAAAAGCAUGAAAUAACGUUACCAGGGAUUAGAGCAGAUGUGCCAGUAGACAGCCUUGUGGAAGCCAAGGUUAUAGAUAAAACUACAGCUGCUGCUCUUAAGCAUGGAAGUGUAACAGUAGAGCAAAUCACUAGCAAGUGUAGAAGUUACCUGCAAGGCAACCCUAGCAUUUCAGGAGUGUACAUUGAAGCCACAAAGGAGAAGCUUCCAAUCUACCAUGCCAUGAAGAAAGGCUUGCUUAGACAGGGCACAGCUCUUGAGCUUCUGGAAGCUCAGGCCGCCACGGGCUUUAUAAUUGAUCCAGUCAAUAACCAAAAGCUGACAGUUGAGGAUGCUGUUGCAAAAAGAAUUAUAGGUCAAGAAUUCAAAACUAAACUUCUUUCAGCUGAAAAGGCUGUUACCGGUUAUAGAGAUCCAGAAACUGGAAAUAUCAUCUCAUUGUUUCAGGCAAUGAGAAAAGGCCUGAUCGAACCCAGUCAUGGUAUUCGCUUGCUGGAAGCUCAAAUUGCAACCGGAGGAAUUAUUGAUCCAAAGCAAAGCCAUCGUUUGCCAGUUGAUGUUGCUUACAAACGUAAUUAUUUUGAUGAAGAACUGAAUGAAAUCUUGAUGGAUCCAGGGGAUGAUACCAAAGGCUUCUUUGAUCCCAACACAGAAGAAAAUCUGACCUAUCUUCAGUUAGUUGACCGGUGCAUUACUGAUAAAUCCACAGGCCUUUGUUUGUUGCCACUGAGAGAAAAGAAAAAGGAAUCCAAAACCACCAGGUCAUCUGCAGUGAGGAAACGUAGAGUUGUUAUUGUAGAUCCUGAUACAAAUCAAGAAAUGACAGUCCGUGAGGCCUACCACAAAGACUUGAUUGAUUAUGAGACUUUUCUAGAACUUUCUGAACAGGAAGCAGAGUGGGAAGAAAUAACAAUAACAGGAUCGGAUGGAACCACAAGGACAGUUAUUGUUGACAGAAAAACUGGUAAUCAGUAUGACAUUGAAGAGUCUUUAAAGAAAGGUUUAAUUAAUAAGAAGAGUCUUGAUGACUACCGCUCUGGAAGUAUGACACUUACGCAAUUUGCAGAUAUGUUCACCGAUAAGAUUAAUAUCAGCACAUACAAUGGAUGUGCGACAAAUAGUUUGACAAACCUUAGUCCAUGUCAAUCCCCAAGUAUUAAAAUAACAACAUCUUUUGAAUCUUCAGAUGAUGCCACUCCAAUUGCAGCUAUAUUUGAUAUUGAAACAUUGGAAAAGAUAACAAUUUCUGAAGCCAUACGUCGCAAUAUUGUUGAUGCUAUUACAGGGCAGAGAUUGUUGGAAGCCCAGGCCUGUACAGGAGGUAUAAUAAAUCCUGGAACUGGUCAAAAACUGCUCAUUCAGGAUGCUGUUGCUCAGGCUAUUAUUGAUGAAGACAUGGGAAAGAGAUUAAAGCCAGCACAAAAAGCAUAUAUUGGUUUUGAAGAUGUGAAGAGCAAAAGAAGGCUCUCUGCAGUAGAAGCAAUGCAAGAAAAUUGGUUACCAUAUGAAGCUGGACAACGCUUCCUUGAAUAUCAGAUGUCUACAGGUGGGCUCGUUGUGCCAAAUGUUUCAGGACGAAUCACUGUUGAUGAAGCAGUAAGAAAAGGUUUCGUUGGUGCCAAAACAGCUGAGAAACUGAAAGACAGCAGUAGCCAUUCAAAAGGCCUAACCUGUCCCAAAACAAAAUUGAAGAUUUCAUAUAAAGAGGCAAUAGAUCGAUCUAUGGUUGAAGAUAAAACUGGCCUACGGAUGUUGGAAGCUGCAUCAUUUUCUACAAAAGGAAUUAAUAGUCCUUAUAAUGCAGGUGGAUUCUCUGGACCAAAUUCCCGUUCAGGUUCUCGUUCAGGUUCACGAAGUGGGUCGAGAAGAGGAAGUUUUGAUGCCACCUCAUACAGUGUGUCUGUCAGUACACACACAACCCAUUUGAGCACUUCCAUGCGCUAAUUGUUUGCUACAAAUAUCUAAACAAUGUGGAUUUCCAAAAUUUGUUGAAGAUCCAAAGUUUUACUUUUAUUUUUAGAUUUUUUAUUCCACACUUGUGCCCUGUUAAGAUCAGCACCUGUUACGUGCAGAGAAGAUUUAAUUUGUAUUAUGUUUAUUAAUCAAUAUCCCAAGAUUUCAAAUAAUAAAUGAUUCACUUAGGUUAGCUUGUCAGCGGAGGUGAGGCAUCAGGAGAUUGCCCACUUGUUUGCAUUACCAGAGACUUGGCACUAUUAGAGCUCAGGAUGCUAUGGGACACUGAUGGCCCAACCCACAUUCAAAAUUGAAGACUACAGCUGACAGUGACACAGAAGUUCAAUUCCUGUCACAUGCAUCCCCAAAUGCCAUAAUGACUCUCAUACCCUGUGAUAUUUAUAUGGGAAUAAUGAGUUUAUAGGUUAUAGGACAUUAACUAAUACUUAGUAAUUGCAUAGUAAAGUAUCUGGCUCCUUGGAUGGAUAAUAUCUGAGGAAUGUAAUAUAAAAGCAAAAUAUUGAUGCUGGAAAACUAAAUUGAAAGCAUAGUAUUGAAAAUACUGAGAAGGGAAGGCAAGGUUCAGGUUUUGAGUCAAGUGUGACACUUUGUCAGAAUAGAUUGUGUGCUGUAUUCUGAAGAGGAGCCCCAUUCACCUCAGGGGCCUGAAUUCUCCUCUCACUCUGUGUAUGCUGCCAGACCUGAGUGUUUCUAUCACUUUCUAGCGAUAGGCGGUACAAUUUCAAACUUAGGGUUUUCCCAUUUAAAAUAGAGAUGAGAAGGACUUUCCUUCUGAGAGUAUUUGGAAUUCUCUUCCACAGAGACCAGUGAAGGCUAGGUCAUUGUCUAACAGCCUUGAGCAUAUUCAGAGUUUUUAAUCAAUCGGAGGGUCCGGUGUUAAAGUGACAGGGAGAAAAAUGGAGUUAACACCAUAUUCAGAUUGGCCCACUUUCCUUAUAGCUCAUGGGCUUCAGUAUGAAACGUAUUGAAGAGAUUCUUUUACAUAGUUAAUGCUGUGUAUUAUAUAGCUGGUUCAAAAUGCCUUAGAUUUGUGCCAAUGAAGGGAAACAGUUUAAAAAUGUUAAUUCUUCAUGGGAAUUUAUUGUGUAGCACUGAGUUUACUCUGCAUUGAAAGGUUUCUGUACAUGAAGAAUAUAAGUUGAUUAAGGGGCUUCACUGGAAUGAAUGUAAUCUCAUAACUGCCUUGUAAUAGGAUGUUUUGAGUAGUGGGGCAGAGGAAAUCAUUUUUAAAAUCAUAAUUUUUAAUGAAUAUUCAUUACAUGGAUUUUCUGACCACGAGCUAAUUAAAAUAAAUACUCAUCAGUUUGUAUGCAUGCUAAAUUUUAAGAUUGUAUUCUUACUUUUCUUUUAUUAAUAAAGUUUCAUAAUUUCAUCAUUUUAA